AUGGCCUCUGCAGCCAAAAGUAAUGGGUUUUAUCGCGAAGGAAAUGAAUGGUACUGCAAUUCGAGUCUGCCAAGUGAUAUCAUAGUGGUGGUGGAUGGAGUAAGCUUUCAUCUUCACAAGUUUCCUCUUCUAUCAAGAUGCGGAAGGAUGGCAAACAUUGUUGAAGAAACGCAAAGGACCAACGAGAAGACUAUCGUGGUUAAUCUUGAGGAAUUCCCUUGUCAAUCUGACACAUUUUUGGCUAUAGUUAAAUUUUGUUAUGGUGGUCGAGUAGAAUUGACGCCAAGGAAUGUGGUAAUGAUGUAUUGUGCUGCAGAUUACCUCGAGAUGACAGAUGAUUAUGGAGAAGAUAAUUUGUUGUCCAAGUCAGAGAGAUUCUUCCACAAACAUGUUCUCCAAAACUGGAAGGACUGCAUUUUGGCUCUCCAAAGCUGUGAACCAGUUAUUUCAAGAGCAGAAAAGCUACAUAUAGUUGGUAGAUGUCUGAAUGCUUUAUCUGUUAUGGUCUGUACUGACACCACUCUAUUCGGAUGGCCUAUGAUGAUGUAUGGUAGUUUACAGAGCCCGGGAGGUAGCAUCCUGUGGAAUGGGAUAAACACCGGUGCAAGAAUCCUUAGCAUAGAAUCUGACUGGUGGUUCGAAGACAUCUCAUAUCUAAAUGUGGAGUUGUUUGAGAGACUAAUUCAGUCGAUGGAGGCCAGAGGAAUACGACCCGAAAAUUUGUCUGGAGCUAUAAUGUAUUAUUGCAAAAAGUAUCUUCCUGGCUUGGGCCGUUGGCAGGGUGGAAAAAGUGGCAUAUCCAGAUCAGUUACUAGUUUUAGCUUGACACCUGCUGCUGUUGACCAGAGAGUUCUCUUGGAAAGUGUUGUGAAACUGCUGCCCGAAAAGCAGGGAAAAUCUUUUUGUCGUUUUCUGUUGGGACUUCUACGUGUUGCAUUGAUAUUGGGGGUUAACCAUACGUGCCAGGACUCUUUGGAAAGGAGAAUAGGGAUGCAUCUAGAACUCGCAACCCUUGAUUGUCUACUUAUACCUAGUUACUCAGAUUCCGAUACUUUAUACAACACUGAUUGCGUUGAAAGGAUGAUUAAUCAUUUUGUAUCUUCUGAACCAAAAGUAACUUCUAUUUCUCCAUCAUCAUUGGACCUAGAAUCAUCACCAUCAUCUGAACGGUUGAAGAGAGUUGCUAGAUUGGUAGAUAACUAUAUUGCGGAGGUUGCUUCUGAUGUGAACUUGAAGCCUGGACAGAUACAUACAUUGGCAGAAGCCUUGCCAGAAUCUUCAAGAUCUUUGCACGAUGGACUCUACCGAGCAAUGGAUAUAUACUUUAAGGCACAUCCCUGGCUCUCGGAGAAAGAGAUGGAGCUGCUUUGCAACAUCAUUGAUUUCCAGAAGCUUUCCAUCGAUGCUUGUGCUCAUGCAUCCCAAAAUGGAAGGUUACCCCUUAGAGUUAUUCUUCAAGUUUUGUUCUUUGAACAAAUGCAGUUAAGAAAGGCUUUAGCCGGGUACCUGAAUGUUUUGGAUACUGAAAGUGCCCCUGCGGGUUCAAUGACUACCCCAAAUGAAAUAACUGGUCAACCUGUUCAACGAGAUGGGUGGGUAAAGGUUGUUCGCGAGAACCAGGUUCUAAAAGUCGACAUGGAAAGGAUGAGAACUCGAGUUGAAGAGCUAGAACAAGAAUUCACUAAAAUUAAGGAUGAUAUGAUUCAUAUGAAAAAGGUGACGAAGUCACAUAGUUACCUUAGUUCCCCUAGGUUUGUUUCAAGAAGGCUUGGAUGCAAGCUGCUUCCCCGGUCUUCAGAUGCUGAACCUGACGUCCUGGAGAGAACGGCACGGACUCCCAGAGUGUCAGUCGAGCAGGCACAAUCUUUCUCCCGUCACUCCGGACAUCGAAAAAGUUUCUCUUUGUUUUGA